CGGAGACAUAACACGACAGCAUAACAGGAAGACAAUAUAUUGCAUAUUCAUACACAUCUUCACAAGCAGAUACAUAUGAACUGCUACGAAAAUAUACAUAAGCAAGUUUUCCCCUAUUUAUGUUUAUAGUAUUUUACAUAUACACUUACGCAAGUACAUGCGACCAUUUACAUGCAUAUAUACGAUGCGUAUUAGAAUUAAUGUAAAAUAAAGCUGGCUUACACUAAGAGGAGAGCACAAGGAAAAAUAGGACAUGAAAACAUUUCAAUGGGAUAUGACAUGUGAUGGUAUUUUAACUUUUUGGAUAUAUUUCUUCUUAAUUUUGUCUGUAUUGCUAAACGAGUUUCGGCUAAUAAAAGCUGGUCGUCCUAAUGAAUUGCACAUUGGCGGCAUUUUUCCAAUAGCUGGCAAAGGAGGAUGGCAGGGUGGUCAAGCUUGCAUGCCCGCGGCAAGACUGGCAUUGGAUGAUGUGAAUAAAGAGACAAAUCUUUUGCCGGGUUUUCGUCUUAUACUACAUAGCAACGACAGUGAGUGUGAACCUGGUUUAGGUGCCAGCGUGAUGUAUAAUCUUCUUUAUAAUAAGCCACAAAAACUAAUGCUUUUAGCUGGUUGUAGCACAGUAUGUACAACGGUUGCUGAAGCAGCUAAGAUGUGGAAUUUAAUAGUGUUAUGUUAUGGUGCAUCAAGUCCGGCCUUAUCGGAUCGUAGUCGUUUUCCUACGUUAUUUCGUACUCAUCCCUCAGCCACUGUACAUAAUCCAACUAGAAUAAAAUUAAUGAAAAAAUUUGGCUGGUCACGUAUAGCUAUACUACAACAAGCAGAAGAAGUUUUCAUAUCGACCGUUGAAGAUCUGGAAGAGCGAUGCAUGGAAGCAAGCAUAGAAAUUGUUACAAGGCAGUCAUUUUUAUCCGACCCAACUGAUGCUGUACGCAAUUUAAGACGUCAAGACGCUCGCAUCAUUGUUGGCCUCUUCUAUGUGGUUGCUGCCAGACGAGUUUUAUGUGAAAUGUUUAAGCAACAAUUAUAUGGACGAGCACAUGUCUGGUUUUUUAUAGGUUGGUAUGAAGACAAUUGGUAUGAAGUGAAUUUGGGUAAUGAAGGUAUUACAUGUACAGUAGAGCAAAUGCGCAUGGCCGCUGAAGGUCACUUAACCACAGAAGCCUUAAUGUGGAAUCAAAAUAAUCAAACCACAAUUUCAGGCAUGACUGCUGAAGAGUUUCGGCUGCGCUUAAAUCAUGCGCUAAUUGAGGAAGGUUACGAUAUAAAUCAUGACCGUUAUCCAGAAGGUUAUCAGGAAGCACCUUUAGCUUACGAUGCGGUCUGGAGUGUAGCGUUAGCCUUUAAUAAAACUAUGGAACGUUUAAAAAGACGUAAUAAAUCUCUAAAGGAAUUCACAUACAACGACAAAGACAUUGCUGAUGAAAUUUAUGCAGCCAUGAAUUCUACACAAUUUCUCGGAGUAUCGGGGGUGGUGGCUUUCAGUUCUCAGGGAGAUCGCAUUGCUUUAACGCAAAUCGAACAGAUGAUUAAUGGUAGAUACGAAAAGCUGGGUUAUUAUGACACUCAACUCGAUAACCUAACCUGGCUGAAUAUGGAGCAAUGGAUCGGUGGAAAAGUACCUCAAGAUCGCACAAUAGUACGUCGCGUUUUGCGUACCGUAUCGCUGCCAUUAUUUGUGUGUAUGUGUACAAUAUCUUGUUGUGGUAUUUUAGUAGCAUUAGCGUUAAUUAUAUUUAAUAUCUGGCAUAAACAUAGAAGAGUCAUACAAUCGUCACAUCCUGUAUGUAAUACAAUUAUGUUAUUUGGUGUAAUAAUUUGCUUAAUUUCCGUCAUACUAUUGGGUAUCGACGGACGGUUUGUUAGUUCAGACGAAUACCCCAAAAUUUGUCAAGCACGUGCUUGGCUAUUAUCCACCGGUUUUACUUUAGCUUAUGGUGCUAUGUUUAGUAAAGUUUGGCGUGUACAUCGUUUUACCACAAAAGCGAAAACAGAUCCCAAGAAAAAAGUCGAACCCUGGAAGCUUUACACCAUGGUUACGGGCCUUUUGUCUGUAGAUCUGAUUAUAUUGACAGCCUGGCAAAUUAUUGAUCCUUUGCAACGUAUAUUAGAGACUUUUCCUUUGGAGGAUCCUAUAUCAACGACUGAUGAUAUCAAAAUACGUCCAGAGUUGGAACAUUGUGAGAGUUCACAAAAUUCCGUUUGGUUGGGCCUUGUCUAUGGUUAUAAAGGACUAAUAUUAGUGUUUGGCCUUUUUUUAGCUUAUGAAACGCGCUCAAUUAAAGUGAAACAAAUUAAUGAUUCGCGUUACGUUGGCAUGAGCAUAUACAAUGUGGUAGUACUAUGCUUAAUUACAGCCCCAGUGGGUAUGGUUAUAGCGUCGCAACAGGACGCAUCUUUCGUUUUCGUGGCGUUAGCUGUGAUAUUCUGUUGCUUUUUAAGCAUGCUAUUAAUAUUUGUGCCAAAGGUUAUUGAGAUAAUACGUCAUCCUAAGGAUAAGGCUGAGUCAAAAUAUAAUCCGGAUUCGGGUAUAUCGAAAGAGGAUGAAGAACGUUACCAAAAACUAGUAACAGAAAAUGAAGAACUGGAACGACUGAUAGCACAGAAAGAGGAAAAAAUCCGUUUGCUUCGUCAACGUGUAGCGGAACGUGAGUCGCAAAUGAAAGCGUCGGAAGCAAAUGGUUCAGGUAUUAAUGCUGUUGGACCAAGUUCGGGUCAUACCGUAGCCACGGCAACAACAACAAUGUCCUAUAAUACACCCGCCGCCAUCACAACAGCCAUAACACAAGAUACUCACGAUCAUCAUACAUGAAAAAACUUGUCAAUUUCUUUUUCGUGAUAGGUAAAAUUUUAACUAAGAUAAAUUUAAAAAAGGAAAACCAAAAAUUUUAUUAGUUCAAAAUUCAUUGUAUAUAUGAGUAUAAAGGUUAAGUUAAAUAGAAUUUAAUAAGUUGCAAAUCAUAAGAGUAGUCAAAUGAAAUAAGAAAUGAAAACGAACUAAUAUUUAAGAAAACUUUUCCUCAAACUGAAAAUUGAAACAAAAAAGAAAAAUUACUCUAAAUUAUCUUCAUUAAUUUCAAGGCUGUUUUUUCAAUGUCCGGUUAGUGUUCGUUUUUCAAAAUUAACGAUCCUUGAAUCUAAUAACCAACAGUCAAAAAGAAUAUGUAAUUGUUUUCUCCAAAUCACCUUUUUAAUACAACAAUUCAAAAUUCUAAAAAAAGAUUUUUUAUUUAUCUAUUCACUUCAUAAUGAUGUAUAUAAUAGUUUGGACAUUUUAACUGUGCACUCAUAACAUGCAUACUUGCACAAAUGUGCUUGUAGUCGUAAUUAAAAUUUAAUUAUUUAAUAAAAAAUUCUAUAAAUAGUUAAAGUUUGCAAAACGAAAAAAAAAGAACAAAACAAAAGCUAAUGUCCAACAAUGUAUAGACAUACGUACAAAUAUACAAAACUUAAUUAUUAAACUAGUUUAAAUUAUUAACCUAGACAGGUAUUUAACUCUAUUUGAGGUUAGUAUAUAAUUUGUAAAAAUUAGUUCAAUUUAUUAGAUAAAACAAUUUAGAAAAGUUAGGAAAGAAUGCGUAUAAAAACCAUAAAACGCAAUUAAUAAACGCUAUCUUGUUACAUGAAUCGAUUAGUAUUCAAUCCAAAUUUUAGCGGCAAUACGCAAAGGUGUGAUAUGAUCACUUACAUUAGUACCCACUAUUAAACGAUAUAUGUAUUUAGAUACAUACUGAUAUUAGGUUAGAAGAGUUGUCGUAACAUUCUAAAGAUGGUAAAGCAGAAUUUUCUUAAACCAGAGCCCUUUUUGCACUGUUGCAUUCCUAUUCUCCUCACGGUAUGUGUUAUUAUCGUCAGAAAUCACAAUUUUUUUGCACGACAACACUCGCUUUAAUUACUCGAUGCGCGUGAAAGCAAUUUAUCCCACUUUUUCUAAAAUUCACUCUCUAAUGGAUACUUAUUAACUUACCAUGAAAAAUGUUGAUAAGAUUCUGCCUUUGUAAAAAUCCUCAAAGCUUCUAUUUUUGUAAAGAAGCCGCAGUCUAUCGCUAGCAAUAAACUUGCCGAACACCCAUUGCACGUUAUAGUUGUGGAAGUGUAAAUAGUAUGUUCCGAUGGAUGAACUAAUGUUUUUUCGAAUUUUAAUAUCUUUAACGCAGAGCCAAGAAAUUUAAUAUAGCAUUCAAUUCGAAAUUUCUCUGUCUAAUAGAUAUGGAUUGCUAGUAGCAUGAACUGCAAAGCAUCGAUCAGUCGACGGCAGAAGCUUCGUAUAAACCCAAUGCAAUAGCAAGUUCCUAAUUAUACCAACAUUGAAUUGAGUAAUAGCGUCAAUAAAAUUAAUCCUAACUUGCUUAUCUUCACCCAAUUUACUGACCUUUCCAUAUAAAUAAAACUUUGGUCCUGUUCCUUUUAUAUGUAUAUCUAAAUUAUAUAUUAAACAACAAGUCAAGAAAGUCGAAAAAGUUAAAACUUUAUAAAGGACGCACCUUUUUCACAGGCCAAGAGUUAUGGCAGACAUCUUAAAGAAGUCAAAAAACGAUGUAUUCGCUAGUUUGUAUGAAAACGUUGGCAUGGGAACGCUGAUUUCAUGUGUUCACCGAGUUUACCCGCAAUACAACGAAAUCUAGUGUUGUCGUAAGUCGGCAAAAUUGCAUAAAUUUAAAUUUGAACUUCUACCCGAAAAAGCGAACUCUCCAGAUCAGGCUCUCAGCUACCAUUUUCUGUUUACAAAUCUCUUACAAUUGGUCCUGAAAAAACGUGCAUCUUACGUCCUGUAAAAAUUAUAACGUUGACAAUCUUUGAAAUGAUUAUGAACCUCUUGAAAUCAUUCUUAUGUUGAUAAAAUCGAAUUUUGCAAAAAUUCUUAUGAAAUAAGACGGCGUGAAAGGAUUUCCGUAUUUUAUUGCGUGGAAGUAACGUUACUUGUCAAGUCAAGGCAAACAUAGAGAAUCAGUCAUAUGGGGUCUUAUUAGUUACGUCUACCUCUCGUAGGAUAUGUAGAGGACUGCCUUCGAAACACUCGUAUCAUUUAGAUGCGAAAUGCAGAGUGAACAAAUUUUUUAUUGACUGAUGUGCUUUUUGACUUUUCAUAAAUAUUCCAAUUAAUUCUAAAAUAUUUAGAAAUAUAGUUCGGACUUCCUAAUUGUUUCUGUGUUUUAAAAACCUUUUAGUAAUUGUUAUUUUAAGAAACUCUAAAAAGGCGCCUUCUCUAGUUUAAUUUAUGGAAUUCAACCCAGACGUUGUACUGUAAUUUUCUUUACUUCUGAUUGUAGUAACACAAACGAGAAACGGGUGAAUGCUGCAUAUGGCAAAUAAAAGUCCUUAUUUCAUAUUCAUCAAGAAUACGCGUACUUUACAGGAUAUAUUGAUUUUGUAUCUGGGUAGUUUUCAUAAGUGAAAUGUCAUCUUUAUUUUACUCUUCUCGCGUAUGAAGCUAAUGGGACGUCAUUCAUGUGCGUCACUAAGUUCGACGUAAUUAAUAAAAAUGCGGUCAUAGAAUGAGAUGGCGAUAGUGAUAAGCUAUAUGAUUUGUUUUUAUUUUAACCCGUUUAUUACAAGCACACUUUAAUUAAUUUAUUUGUUUACCUUUCAUUAAUUAAUAGGUUGUUUCUUUUAUUUCCAUUGGGAUAAUAGUUUUGAUGAAUUUGAAUGAAUAUUCUCGGAGAGUUGUUCAAUGACUUUCAUGUUAGUAGGAAUUAAUUAACAUCUUUACAACAUUUUUGGGUUGCAUUCCCUCAGCUAACGCAAUUUUUCGCGUUUUGAAAUAGAAAUCAUAAUACUUCUAAGUGAAAAUAAACGAAAAAAUUAAUCAAUAUAUCUCUAUGUUCUAAAUGAAAAGCAUUUACUAAUAA